CAUAUCUUCACCUAAGAGUAGAUUGAAUAAUGGCAUCUCUCUCUUCCUCAAGGAACUCCUCCUGGACACCAAAGCAGAACAAAUUAUUUGAGAAGGCUCUGGCUGUGUAUGACAAGGACACACAAGACCGCUGGCAUAAUGUGGCCAAGGCUGUGGGUGGAAAAUCUGUAGAGGAAGUAAAGAGGCACUAUGAGAUUCUGGUGCAGGAUCUCAUGCAUAUAGAAUCUGGCCAAGUCCCAAUACCCAAUUAUAAGGGCACUGGAAGCAGCGGCAGCAGAGGAAUUGGUGAUGAGCAGAGGCUUAUGAAAAACCUAAAGAUCUGAUGCGACGGCCCAGAAGACUUGUAAAAAGACAAAAUGGAUUGCUCUGUCAUUCUGCCUUCCUACCCAUACCAAGUUUGGAUGUGUUUCUCUGCUCCUACU